AAUGCUAUGAAGCUUAAGGUCAUCAUAAUUUUCCCCAUCUUCCCAGUUACAACACCCUUACCGCUUUCCUUCUGCGAAGCCUUUCAUUCAUCACGUCUUUCAUUUUUCUGGCAAUGCUGCCUUCCGCGCAGAGCAGUUGAGUAAAUUGGGUUUGACGGGGAGAGCUAGACUCAAGCAAAGCAUCUGUGGGCUUUCCAGACUCAGGAUGCAGUGCUAUACUGAGCUGAUGGCCCCAACUGGGGUCACUCAGACAUUGGCAGUCCCCUUCCUUGCGGCAACAGCCAACAAUUUGAUUGUCGUUAGAACAUCUCUGCUUCAGAUAUAUACCCUGCAUAAAGUUACCUCUCAAGCCGAAGGAACCGAAGCACAGCAGGAAACGACGAAGCUUCUCCUGGAAAAAGAAUAUUCUCUCUCUGGGACAGUAACUGGUCUAUGUCGGGUCAGAGUUCUGAACAGCAAGAGCGGCGGGGAGGCUGUUCUUCUUGCUUUUCGGAAUGCCAAACUUAGCCUGAUUGAAUGGGAUCCGGAGCGUCGGGGCAUCUCCACCAUAUCUAUCCAUUUUUAUGAGCGAGAUGAUCUGACCCGUAGUCCGUGGGUUCCUGACUUGAAGAAUUGUGGCAGCAUCCUCAGUGUGGACCCAAGCAGUAGAUGUGCGAUCUUCAAUUUUGGAAUUCGGAAUCUCGCCAUUAUCCCUUUCCAUCAACCAGGAGAUGACUUGGUGAUGGAUGAUUACGAGUCAGACCUCGGAGAGGGAAGAUUAGCGGAUCAUGACGGUGUCCAUAAGGCCAAAGAGGGCAUUACGUAUCAGACUCCAUAUGCACCGUCAUUUGUUUUGCCCUUGACAGCAUUGGACCCUUCCAUACUUCACCCGAUAAGCCUCGCGUUUCUAUAUGAAUAUAGGGAGCCAACCUUUGGCAUAUUAUAUUCACAAGUUGCAACAUCAACUGCUCUUCUACCCGAAAGGAAAGACGUCAUCUUUUAUACCGUGUUUACGCUAGACCUGGAGCAGCGAGCUUCUACGACAUUGCUCUCAGUGUCGAGGCUGCCCAGCGACCUCUUUAGGGUGGUGGCCCUUCCACCUCCCGUCGGCGGUGCUCUGUUAAUUGGCUCCAAUGAACUGGUGCAUGUUGACCAGGCAGGCAAGACCAAUGCGGUUGGAGUUAAUGAAUUUUCCAGACAGGUUUCAUCAUUUUCCAUGACUGAUCAGUCCAAUUUGGCCCUGCGCCUUGAGAAUUGUAUCAUCGAAUGUCUCGGGGACAGCAGUGGAGACCUGCUCCUGGUACUUUCUACCGGAGAUAUGGCCAUUGUGAGGUUCAAAUUAGAUGGGAGGUCAGUCUCUGGAAUCUCGGUUCACUUGUUGCCGGCCCACACGGGCGUUACUUCAAUGGAUUCCGCGGCAAUAGCUUCAACCUUUAUCAGUGAUGGAAUGAUCUUUCUUGGCAGCGAAUAUGGCGAUUCGGUGCUUUUAGGCUGCUCCUACUCAUCUUCGAGCACGAAAAAGCACCGUGUACAGACGAGGAAAGCUACGGAUGACCCGGCGGAUAUCUCGGAAGACGAUCAAAGUGAAGGUGAUGCUUAUGAAGAUGAUCUUUAUUCUACGUCCCCAGAGGCAACGGUUAAUGGCCGCCGUUCGUCGGUAGAAUCAGCCGCACUCGGAUUGUAUGAUUUCCGAAUUCACGAUAGACUUAUCAACAUUGGCCCUUUGAGGGACAUAACACUGGGCAGGAGACCAUCUGCGAGUCACGGAGUGGGAGGCGAUCGUACCAGUGGUACCUCUCCGGAGCUGCAGAUAGUAGCUUCCCAAGGUUCUGACAGAAGUGGUGGGCUGGCAGUAAUGACCCGUGAGGUUGAUCCCCAUGUUGUCGCCUCUAUAACAAUCGAGUCAGCCGACUGUCUCUGGACAGCCUCUUUGGCUCAGGAGGGAAAAGCUGUAUCUGAAACCACCGAGGAGAUGGGGCAGCAACCACAGCAACCACGAUGCUAUGUGAUCGCAUCGAAAGCCAAAGGUUCAGAUAAAGAGGAGUCUCUCGUCUUUGUAGUGGAUGGUUAUGACCUCAAACCUUUCAGAGCUCCCGAUUUCAACCCCAACGAGGAUGUUACCAUUGACAUCGGGACGCAGGCAAACAGAAAACGCGUGGUCCAAGUUUUGAAGAAUGAAAUACGGAGUUAUGACAGUGACCUGGGAUUGGCCCAAAUCUAUCCGAUAUGGGACGAUGACACCAACGAUGAGAGGAUGGCUGUUAGUGCCAGUUUGGCCGAUCCCUCCCUUGCUAUUCUACGAGACGAUUUCACGCUAUUGCUCCUUCAAGCGGAUGGCAGUGGGGAUCUCGAUGAAGUAGAGCUUUCCGAGGACAUAGCAUCUGGAAAAUGGUCAUCCUGCUGCUUGUACAGAGACAAAACCGGGGUUUUCUCUUCGAUCGACCCAUCACCAAAUGAAUCGGUUGGGGGCGAUAUGUUCCUAUUCUUACUAAGUCACGAUUGCAAGUUUUUUGUUUAUCGCCUCCGCGACCAAAAACUGAUCUCAGUAAUCGAAAGAAUUGAUGGCCUGUCGCCCCUGUUGUCUAGCGAGCCACCAAAGCGGUCUGGUGCACGUGAGAGCUUGAUAGAGGCCAUCGUUGCUGAUCUUGGAGAUGCAUGGAGUGCUUCGCCUUAUUUAAUUCUGCGAUCCGAGAACGAUGACCUGAUAAUCUACAAGCCGUUCUUGGUUUUUGACGGUCCAGGGAGAGGUGUUCCUCGCCUAAGGUUCUCCAAAGAGACCAACAAUGCUCUGCCAAAGAUCUCUCCUGGUGUCAGAUCAAAGCAGUCGAAUACAGCAGAGCACAGAUUCAAGCCAUUGCGAGUACUGUCCGAUAUCUCGGGGCUCAGCACAGUUUUUAUGCCUGGUGCUUCGGCAGGCUUCGUUCUCAGGACAUCUGCCAGUGCGCCGCACUUUCUGCCCUUAAGGGGGGAGGCUACCCGGAGCUUGAGCAGUUUGGAUACCCUUGGAUGCAGUAAGGGAUUUAUUCAUCUGGAUUCACAGAAUACUGCUCGCUUCUGCCAAUUGCCCCCCAAAGCACGAUAUGACUAUCGGUGGACGCUUCAAAAGGUGCCUCUAGGAGAACAAGUUGACCGCUUAGCUUACUCUGCCACGUCGGGAAUGUACGUACUGGGAACGUGUCAUGCAACAGAUUUUAGAUUACCUGAGGAUGACGAAUUGCACCCUGAAUGGCGCAACGAAGCUGUUUCAUUUUUGCCAUCGGGGCGUGGAAGCUUUAUAAAACUCAUCAGCCCCAAAACGUGGUCUAUUGUUGACAGCUAUUCACUUGAUGCAGACGAGUACGUCAUGGCUGUCAAGAACAUGAGUCUCGAAGUAUCCGAAAAUACACAUGAGCGCAAGGAUAUGGUCGUUGUGGGGACAGCCUUUGCCCGGGGUGAAGACAUACCUUCACGCGGCUGCAUAUAUGUGUUCGAGGUCGUGAAGGUGGUUCCGAAUCCUGAUGACCCUGAGACAGACCGUAAAUUAAAGCUCAUUGGCAAGGAAUCCGUGAAGGGCGCCGUGACCGCGCUAUCCGAAAUUGGUGGCCAGGGAUUUGUUCUAGUUGCACAAGGGCAAAAAUGCAUGGUCAGAGGUCUCAAAGAGGAUGGUAGCCUUCUUCCUGUUGCUUUCAUGGACAUGCAAUGUUAUGUCAGCGUGGCAAAGGAGCUCAAAGGCACUGGGAUGUGCAUUCUCGGCGAUGCUGUGAAGGGGAUCUGGUUUGCAGGCUAUUCGGAGGAGCCAUACAAAAUGAGCCUUUUCGCCAAGGACCUAGAUUACCUCGAAGUGUCUGCCGCCGAAUUUCUUCCAGAUGGCAAAAGGCUGUUCAUUGUUGUGGCUGAUAGCGAUUGCAAUAUUCACAUAUUGCAGUAUGAUCCCGAGGAUCCUAAAUCCUCGAACGGUGACCGGUUGCUAAGCCGCAGUAAAUUCCAUACGGGGAAUUUCGCCUCAACAUUGACCCUUUUGCCACGUACCAUGGUCUCUUCUGAGAGGAUCAUAUCUGAUUCGGACGAAAUGGACCUAGACAGCCAAAGCCCUUUCUACCAAGCCCUGAUGACAACACAAAAUGGUUCACUUGGUUUGAUUACGUGCAUCCCCGAAGAAUCCUACCGAAGAUUAUCCGCUUUACAGUCCCAACUGACAAAUACAUUGGAACACCCGUGUGGCCUUAAUCCUCGGGCUUUUCGGGCUGUGGAGAGCGAUGGCACAGCUGGGAGGGGCAUGCUUGAUGGGAAUCUUUUGUUCAAGUGGAUAGAUAUGAGCAAACAACGCAAAACGGAGAUAGCGGGACGGGUAGGUGCACAUGAAUGGGAGAUUAAGGCCGAUCUGGAGGUUAUUAGUGGGGAAGGUCUUGGCUAUCUCUGAACAUCAACCCGUGGAGUUUUAGAUAACUGUACCGACGGUCAAGAAGAAUCGCUUGAAAAGAACUUGCAGUCUUGGGAUAGCUCAUUGUAACGAAACCGGUCGCAUGUUAUUCGGGAGUCAUUGUAUGACGGACUGGCUCCGCGAUAGUCGCAUUCGUUCAACGAUGAUAAU